AUGUUUCGCAGACUACGGAAAACCCAGGAUCACAACACUUCAUCGAGUCAAGGACAGGACGACAAGGCAAUUGCCACAAAUCUUCGAGAACUUGGCUUGGUUGGCUCACGCGCAUCCAGUCGAAGACCUCGAACUGGCACAGACUCUAAACCGUCUACCGAAGGACAUUCUGUUCAAACCAAAUCUCUCCGCGGGCAAGACUCAGUCUCCUCCGCUGGCUCAGUGAGGUCAGGCGUUAGCAACGCUUCCCGUCGAGUUGGCAGUAUCGACAACAACGUUAUGGCUACCAACGCUGAUAGAAGUCGCUCACGAAGAGAGCGCACAUUUGUAGGAAGCGAAUGCGCUGUUUGUGAAGAGCCGCUUGAACACACCCUACGCGGCGAGCGCAUCCUACAAUUUUCUUGCUCUCAUGUCUCCCAUGAGGCAUGCUUCUAUGAAUUCAUUCGCGAAUUCGAGUCACAAUAUUGCCCGACAUGCGACGCACCCCUCCACUUAGACACAAGUCGAGGAGGAAACGUUAUAGAUAUUGGUUUGCUACCUGCUCUGGUACACUCGGAGCGACAUACUGACAUGAGUAUAGAGAAGAUUAGCAACAUGGUGCGUUCAGUCGGUACCGAUUCGAGGUCCGCCAUGACGCCAACACCAACAGCAACCCCUUGGGAUAACCAGCCAGCUCGAGCUCCCAGUGUCGAGAGCAAUCAAAGACGGCCUAUGCAGCAACAACACGUCGGAGGCCGUGACAGUGUUGCUCGGGGUAGUAUGAGGGAUAGUCGAGAUGCCCCAUUAUCAGAUCGAUAUGGCCCUUCGAGGCAUGCUCGAAGUGACAGUGAAGCCACAGGAGUUGCAUCAUCCGGCGGAUAUCCCGAGACAACACAAAGCGGACCUGCCAGACGCCACGACUACGAUGUCCAAGCGAUGGAGACGACACCUGCAAGUCCUAGACCAAUGACACGCAACCCUAUUCCGGCUCCGAUUGUCACUGUUCGCUCUGAGUUCCCAACAUUGAACCGCUCACGACAACAACAGACCCUUACAUGUCUGGUUACUGUUGAGGUUCCUGAUAAUAAUUGGAGGCCGGACCCUGAAGAUUUGGGUGCUGCAGCCCCUCUGCCUCCUCCUACCACCAACCGUGCUGAGGAGGCUUAUGGCCGCCCGCCAUCUCCAGCUCGCAGUGCGCCUCGCUUCUACCCAUACGAAUCUACGGAGGUUUUGGAAGAGAUGACCGAUAGUCUGCGCAACCGCGUUGAUAAUUGGCACGGGCUCGACUUUAGCAGAUUCGGAAAAUUGAGGCUCUAUGGUACUCUCAGGGUGGGUAAGGAUAAAGUCUCGUGGCAGGAAUUGGAAUGUUUCCUCUUCGCUGAGAUGCUUAUUUGCGUCAAGGAGAAGAAGAUUCCUCAGGCACAACAGUGGGAUGAGAAUGGUGCGCCACGCAAAACAACUCGAUGCACUCUCAAGGGCUCAAUUCUCAUUAAGAAGCACCUGAAUGAAGUGUCAGAGACGGGAAAUAUCGACGAGAAUAUCCUGACGCUCAGCCUCUCGGUUGCUGAAUUACCACAGUUCCAUCUUCGUUUUGAGAACCGCAAUCAAUUGAAGUUGUGGCAGCAAGCUCUGCUUGACCUUAACGCUGUUGAGACGUCUCCUGUACGCAGUCCCGAAUAUGAUCGCGGCGAGUCAGAAACUGACGAGGAACUGGAGUGGCAACGUUCGCGCCCACAGAGAGUCUCUUCGGUUGCAUCCUCCUGGGGUGGCGCGAGAUCAACGACCACAGCACCCACUGACUAUACGAACUUUCCCAGAAGUCCUGCCAUGGCGAAGUCGGUUCAUGUGCCCAUCGAUGUCGUCGUCGUGGUGCCUAUUUCUUCUUCUAUGCAAGGCGUCAAGAUCAACCUCGUCCGAGAUGCCCUGAAAUUUAUGGUGAACACACUGGGCGAGCGUGACCGUAUGGGAUUGGUCACGUUUGGUUCAGGCGGCGGCGGCGUGCCUAUCGUUGGCAUGACUACCAAGGCUUGGCCAGGCUGGAGUAAUAUCCUGACAUCCAUCAAGCCGGUUGGCCAAAAGAGCCAUCGCGCUGAUGUCGUGGAGGGCGCCAAUGUCGCGAUGGAUCUGCUCAUGCAAAGAAAGUACAACAACCCUAUCGCAUCUAUCAUGUUGAUAAGCGAUGCAUCUACCUCGGACGCUGAUAGCGUUGAUUUCGUCGUGUCUCGAGCUGAAGCUGCCAAAAUCACCAUCCACUCAUUUGGUCUUGGGAUGACACACAAGCCGGACACCAUGAUCGAAUUGUCAACAAGAACAAAAGCUUCUUAUACUUAUGUUAAGGACUGGAUGAUGCUUCGCGAAUGCCUCGCUGGAUGUCUAGGGAGCAUGCAGACCCUGUCUCAUCAGAAUGUUAAGCUUAAGCUAAAGCUGCCCGAGGGUUCUCCUGCCAAAUUCCACAAGAUUAGUGGUGCCCUGCAAAUCACGAAGCGAGCUACGGGCAGAGAUGCGGAAGCAUCCCUUGGUGAUCUUCGAUUUGGGGACAAGCGUGAUGUUCUUGUGCAACUUGUCAUUCUUCCUGACAAUACUUCCCAAGAGCAACUUCCUCAAGACCCCUGGGAUAAUAUUGUCUCAGGUCUCGAAGCACUCGGCGGCCCUAUGGACAACGAUAACGAAAGAACUCUCUCUGUUGAAGAGGUUCCAUUGAUCCAAGCAGACCUUAGCUGGGGGGAUAUCCUGCGCGAGGGCACUGUCACACAUAUGCCUCGGCCAUCUCUUCUGGCCAUCACCAUGCUUCCAGUCAGUGGAGGAUCCAAGAAGACAUGGCAGAACUCCCCUCCUAUCCCUCCUCACCCGAGUAUUGUUCAACGCCGCAUGGAGCUCCUCACUUCUGACAUGCUCACCCGUGCUCUCACUCUGGUCAGCCGCGGCCAACACGACCGUGCCCAUACACUAUUGAAUGAGACUCGAUCAAUUCUGAAAGGUCUCGGAAAGGGUGGACUCCCCCCCAUCCCCCCUCCAAGCAAGUCGACCCCUUCGGCUCCCUCUACUCCCCAUCCCGCAAACGACGCUUCGCCAGGUCAAUCAACCACUCCCGAUCGCAAACGCAGCCCUUCACCGCCUGCUUCGGCAAUCUCUGGUGUAAAUGGUCUCCCCUCCUCCCAAUUGGGCCGUAGCCGAUCUAACGAUGGCCUGGGACUUGGUGCCGGAAUUGAUGCCAAUACUGUUGCAGCCCUUGAUGCUGAGUUAGAGAGUAGUCUGGAGUGGAUCAACCAUCCUGCUGUUUUCAGUCGCGACAGUAGAAAGGCCGUCCUGCAGGCAAUCGGCGUAAUAAGCUCCCAGCGAGCUUUCACGUACCGCACCCCUAUCGAGGGGCUAUGGGCUUGCCGCGUUAGCGGCGUCAAGAAGCUCACGGAGAAGAGUCGAGAAUGGCGUGAGGAUGGUGGCGGCGAGGGCGGAAUCACAGAAGAAUCCUGA